AUGGCGGACUGGCCUCGCCAGUCGUCACGCUCCCGCAACAGCCCUUUUACCUCGAGAAAUCAUGUUACCCCUAAUUCGCAGCCGCCAUCACAAGGCCAGACGCCGAUUAACUCCCCUCGACUCGGUCCGGCAAUCCAUGUCAGAGACAUGAGCAAUACAAGUGAUGUCAGUGACACCAGAGGACGUCCUUCCAACAGGGUCCAAUUCACUCUUGGCCCAGAGGGAUCCGACUCGAGUGUAGAAGAUAUUCCUCUUAGGGAUGAUUCAGAGAACUAUUAUGCUUCCGAACCUCAGAUCCCUGCCUUCGUCCACCGGCCUUCCCUCCCUACCUUUAAAUCUUCCGACUUCAUUCCCCUAUACUCCAAUCCAGGUCAAUAUUCAGCACAAUCCUCCCCAGCAGCAACACCUCCUGAUUCUCCCCUCAGUGGGCCCCAGAGAACUCCAGCCCCGAUAUUAACAUCCCAGCCACUCACUCAGUCGACGGAUGAUGAAUCGUCCAAGACUAAAAACAGAGCCAUUCAAUCAGCAUAUGAGAAGGCGCAAAAUCUAGCUUCGCAGGUUCGAAGGGCGUCAUACUUUCAUCGCCGCCGGAGAUCGGACGAGGAGUCGUUGUCGCACGAUCUAGGCCUACCCCAUCAUGAACGACGGCACACAUCAAUGUCCAUCGGACGAUCUAGGUCAGAACCCAAGGCCGCAAUUGAUCAUGAAAACGACCGGUCGCGACGGUUCACGUUACGUGCGGAAGAAGCGAAUGACAUCGUGAAUAACAUUCGUGCCAGAACAGAAAACAAGAGCAGGAGGCCUUAUUCUAUUGAUACUCAAUCGUCAGGCGGUGCCGAGUCCCCUCAUGGACCAUCUGGGCGGAGCAUCCUGACGGAUAUUCUUAGGCUUGGUCAGCUCCAAGACCCUUCUGGGAAUCGCGCACCCCAGCAGCAAAUGCCUACACCUCAAGGAGCCACUCCUCCUUUGUUGACACCCCCUAGUGGCCCUGGUUCAGGAAAGACAACGCCAGGACGAACCACGCCUCGCCCGAAGUGGUAUGAGAAGAACAAGAAUCCUUCUAUGCUAUCACUGCACACUCUCGGCUCAGAAGCUACAUUGACUGGAGAAGGUGGAGGGUCUGGAACCGCCGGACGGCCAGAGCUCAAACGAUCCCGAAGCAGUGGUCUAAUGCUUAAUGCAGUGAAGAAAAUCCGUAACAGGCCACGCCUAGAAGAUGAAAUUCGCCUUACAGUUCACAUUGCGGAAACGAUCUCUCGGCAACGGUACCUUGAGAAGCUAUGCGAUGCCCUGAUGGCCUAUGGUGCACCAACACAUCGGCUGGAGGAGGCGCUACGAAUGACCUCUCGUGUGUUGGAGCUUGACGCCCAGUUCCUAUAUCUUCCGGGCUGCAUGUUCGUAUCAUUUAACGAUUCGUCAACGCAUACUACCAGCUUGAAACUGCAACGUUGCGAGCAAGGCGUGGAUCUAGGGAAGCUGCAGGACGUUCAUCAGAUAUACAAGGAUGUGGUACACGAUAUGAUUGGCGUCGAGGAGGCAAUGCAGCUCCUCGAAGAAGUCAAAGCUGAGAAACCGCGAUACAACGUCCCGACAUUGAUACUUCUAUUUGGACUUGCCAGUGCUGCCGUGGGCCCCUUCGCGUUUACCGGCCGUGUGAUCGAUCUCCCUAUAUCAUUUGGCUUAGGCUGUCUGCUCGGCAUACUCAAAUAUAUCGCUGUCCCACGCUCUCGUCUAUAUGCCAACAUCUUCGAACUCACUGCCGCUCUGCUCCUCUCCUUCCUCUCUCGUGUGUUCGGCAGCAUCGUCUCUGGCCCGAAUAAUGAGCGUCUCUUCUGUUUUCCAGCGCUUGCCCAGUCUUCCAUCGCCCUCAUCCUACCGGGCUUCAUGGUCCUCUGCAGCAGUCUCGAGCUGCAAUCACAGAACAUCCUCGCAGGCUCAGUCCGCCUCGUCUACGCAAUUAUAUACUCCCUCGUUCUAGGGUUUGGGAUGAUGCUUGGUACUACCUUCUACGGCAAAAUCGACCACAACGCCAGCUCGGCAUAUACCUGUCCCAUCGGACAUGGUCGAAACGAAUACGUAUAUAAUUUCCCAGCGGUGAUCGCAUUCACCAUCUGCCUCACGGCUAUCAACCAGGCGAAGUUCAAACAGAUGCCCGUCAUGACGCUCUUCUCGUUCAUCGGGUAUCUGGUGAACUUCUUUACAAGCAAAGUGUUUCCGCACAAUCUGCAGAUAGCCAACUGCCUGGGUGCCUUCGCUAUCGGUAUCAUGGGCAAUCUCUACAGUCGGCUUGGCCAUGGUUUAGCUGCCGCCGCCAUGUUACCCGGCAUCCUAGUACAAGUCCCUUCCGGCCUAGCAGCGAGCGGGUCUCUCGUUUCAGGCCUCGCGUUCGCAAACCAGGCAACGGGGAAUUCCUCGAGCCAUCUAUCUCUGAAUGGGACAGUGGGUGCCGCCAGCACGGUGAUAGCUGGCGCUGGCGAUGGAGGUCUUCAAGACCUAGCAGCACAAAUUGGAGCGAGCAAAGUGUACGGCAACAUAGUAUUCGAUCUGGCAUAUGCGAUGGUCCAAGUUAGCAUUUCUACGACAGUGGGGCUAUUCCUUGCAGCGUUGAUUAUUUAUCCCGAGGGAAAGAGGAGAAGCGAAUUGUUUAGCUUUUGA